GGGAAUUGGAGAGCCUGCUGUAGCCUGCAGGAAGAGGCAGAGAACCGUGAUGAGGACCAGACAAGAGUACCAGACUCCUGUAGCAUUUUCCUUUCUCUCACUCAUCUAGUGUGUUUGUACCAUCUCUACUCUAAACAUCCAGAUCAGCUGGGAUCUUUUGACGCCAAGGUUUCACAACUCCGCCCAUUUUUUUGGUACUCUAAGGAGCUUUUAUAGAUUUGCAUACCUCAUGUUGGUCAAAGUGGGCGAGAUGUUGUGUCGGGCAGCACCAAAGUCCUCUGGACCUUUGCGGAUGAACUAGGAUAACACCGGGGUGUUUUUCUGUGGCAGACACACUGAUGGGAUUUGCUCUGCAUCACUGUUGGAUUUUCCAGAAAAAAAUAAAUAAUGCAUCAUAACCAGGAGGAGCAGUCGGUCAAUUCAAUUAGUGCGCAACAGCAGCAGCAGUACAGUGAGUCCACCAGCCUGCUGGGGAGCAGCUCUGACCUGCAGCCUCAUCCUCCUACUCCUCCUCCUCCUUACUCCUCACUGGAGUUCAGGAGACAUGCGGUGACAGAUGACUAUAAGAUCACAUCCCAGGUCCUCGGCCUGGGAAUCAAUGGCAAAGUGCUGGAAUGUUAUUGCAAGAAAACAGGAGUGAAAUGUGCCCUGAAGAUCCUGUACGAUGUUCCUAAAGCCAGACGGGAAGUUGAGCUGCACUGGCGAGUUUCCGGAGGUCCCCACAUCGUCCGAAUACUCAGCCUGUAUGAGAACAUGCACCAGGGGAAGAAAUGUCUCCUCAUCAUAAUGGAGUGUAUGGAGGGAGGGGAGCUGUUCAGUCGCAUUCAGGCCAGAGGGGACCAGGCCUUCACAGAGAGAGAAGCGUCAGAGAUCAUGCACGACAUCGGCACGGCCAUAGAGUACCUCCACCACAUGGACAUCGCUCACAGGGAUGUAAAGCCUGAAAACCUGCUGUAUACCACCAAGGAGAGUAACGCCACGCUGACACUGACUGACUUUGGCUUCGCUAAAGAGACGACGCUGCACAACUCCCUCCAAACUCCCUGUUACACUCCGUAUUAUGUUGCCCCAGAAGUGCUUGGGCCAGAGAAAUAUGACAAAUCAUGUGACAUGUGGUCUCUGGGCGUAAUCAUGUACAUUCUUCUGUGUGGGUUUCCUCCGUUCUACUCAAACACAGGUCAGGCCAUCUCUCCAGGCAUGAAGCAGAGGAUCAGGUUGGGCCAAUAUGAGUUCCCCAACCCUGAGUGGGCUGACGUUUCUGAAGAAGCCAAACAGCUCAUCAUUCAGUUGCUGAAGACAGACCCCAAUGAGAGGAUGACCAUUGGACAGUUUGUGAACCAUCCCUGGAUUAGUCAGUCAAUGGUGGUCCCUCCGACCCCCCUCCACACCUCUCGUGUUUUGACAGAGGACAAGGAGCUGUGGGACGACGUGAAGGAGGAAAUGACCAGCGCCCUGGCGACCAUGCGUGUGGACUACGACCAGGUGAAGAUCAAAGAUCUGGACACGUCCAACAACCCUCUGCUCAACAAGAGACGGAGGAAGCCGAUUCCUGAAGGAGCUCACAGCGGAGGAGAUGCUGAAGGAGGAGAUGGAGGAGUGGUGUGUAAUAGCCACAGAGAAGUUACAUUUGCUGAAGAGCUUGGGGAAAUCAUUGUUGGACAAAAGUAGUAUAAAAUCAUGAGAGCCAAAGUGAGCAUCUUCAUCCCAUCUACAUAUCACUGAUUGUAUUUUACUUACUUUUUAUCCUUCUUUGUAUCACUGCACUCAAUAGUCUAAUUAAUGUCAUUUAUUUUCAUUGUUACCACUCUAACAUUUAAAAUAAACUUGUUUUUUUAUGUUUUACA